AAGUCAUUUUCUAUAAGGUACUUUCAAUGCAGGAACCUGAACUCACAGGUACUUUAGAGCAAAGAAAACAGAACAGCAAGAUGAGUCAAACCGAGCAGAAUUGGGAACCAGAAGACGGCAAGGAAAUAAAAGACAAGCCAUCGAAAGUCCAAGCUCAAACCAAAAUGGAGACGAAUAAUGGACAACGUCAAGCGGCAUUUCAAGCAUUUGAAGAGAUUGAACAACUUUGGGAGGUGGCACAAAGUGAGAUAAAUGAAAAUGCAUACCUUAAAGAAAAACUAGACCAGCAGCAGCGGGAUAUUAACAGACUAAGCAACGAAAAACACCAGCUGUCCUUAGCAAUACAGAUACUGAAUUCACAGGUCAAGAAAGUCAUCAGAAAUCUGAAAGAAACUAAAGAUGAAGCUGAUCAAGAAAAAACUACAUUUCUGCAAAUGCAGGCUGAAAUAUACUUAGAGCGAGAAAGUCUGGAAAGCAGACGCAAUGAAAUCAUCAAUACACAACUCAAAUUGGAAGCGAUCAAACUAAAAGUGAAAUCAGAACAAAGUAAGGAAACAGAAACACCCAGCAAAAAGGUAACACAAGAGCAGGGGCUAAAGAGCCUGCAAAGUCUAAUUCUAAAAAAUAAUAACAUACUGAGCAAAGCCAAGCAGGCAAAAGAACAAAUGGAGAUAAACAUGGCAGACAUCAAAGUAAAACUAGAUGGAAAAAGAGAUAUGAUUUUGCGAAACAAAAGUGAAUUAGAAGAUAUCAAAGAAAAAGUAAAUGCAAAUAUCAAAAACAUGAAGCAAAGGUGGAAUAAAAUGAAAGAUGUUCAAAUUCAGAAAUACAGGGUGGAGACGGUGGAAGGCAGAAAACGACAAAUACAAGAAAAAGUCGGUUUUGAUACAGCAAAAGGUGAGAGACCUGAUGAAAAGAUAAAAAUGAUGCUCAGGAGGAUUAAGGAACAGAUGGAGAAACUUUGGGACGAGACAGACAGAGGCAUGGAGAGGAUAGUGAGGGAAUCUGAGAUGUUUCAGGAGAUGAAGGCUGAGAUGCAGAGGCAGAAACAAGACGUAGAGGACAGGCUGGUGAGGGUACAGUCUGAAGGAAAUGAUAUAGAAAGAAGAAAAAUUGAAAUGCAGGCAGAGAGGGAAAUGAUAGAGAGAGAACGGCGGGCGGCGCAAGCUGAGGUGGAUGAAGUGAUCCGUAUGAGGGAAAGCAUUGAAAGACAAAAAGGGGAGCUGGACGACAAGUUACGCAGCACAAAGAAAGAGAUAAGAGAGCUGGAGGUGACAAAUUCUGAGCUUGAAAUAAAGAAAAAGAACCUGGAAAAACUGAUAAGAAUGAGCAAGAGAACAAAGGAAAAACAAAAGUCUACAGAGCACAUAUUGGAGUUUAAUGUGAACGCUCAAGUUCAGAGAGUCAUUCUCGAAAUAAAAGACAUUUGCAAGAUGCUGUGUUUGUUUAAAGAAGUUGCAGAGCAGAGCAAGGACUUUAAGGAACAAAAAAGCCAAAUCAAAUGGAUGAAAUUUCAAGUGCAAAAAAAGCAAAGGCAGCUUGACAUUCAGACGGGGAAGGUGGUGAAAGAGAGGGAUGACUUAGAGAUCUUGAAGAUCAAGAUGCAACGACAAAGUGAGGAGCUCAGACAGAAAACCACUGAGACUGUGACCAAAAUCCAAAUUAUGGGUGAAAUAAAAGCCACCGUGGAAAAAGCUGUUUUGGAGAUGAAAAAUUCUACAGAGGAGAUGCAUGAAACCCAACGGAGGAUAGAAGAGAACAAGGAAAAAAUACAAAACUGCAUGGAUAAACUGCUUUCCAUGAAAGCUCAGGUCAGUGAAUGUAUAUGGGAAGAAUCUGCAAUCAGAAAAUCAAUUUCACUGAAAAAAGGUAAACAUCAAGAACCACAGUAUGAGCUGAGUGGUAAUUUCCUCGAGGAGGAAACAUGUCAGAUUGCAAAAGAGACAACGGGAUUUGGUGCCCAGCAUCAAAGUAAGGACACAAAAAGACAGCAGGUCUUGGGAGAGUCCAUGUGGCAAGAAGGAGAAGUAAAAUAUUUUAUAAAAAUGAAGGCAGAGAAGCUGUUCUUCCAGCAACAAACUGAAGUUGAAAAAGAAACAUUAAUGGAUAAUGAUCAGAAAGAAAAUGAGGUAAAUGUGGGUGAAAACAAUGAAAUGUUAAAUCAGAUGUCCACACUCAAGGAGGAAGAAGAGAAGACAAAGGACCAAAUACAGAAGGCUGUGGAGAACAUGGAACAGCAACAUCAAGAGAUUCAAAAACUUGCAGAAAUAAAUGAGCUACAGAGCCAGAGAGGAGACAAUGAGAUUUAUUCACAAAAUACAAUGAAGCCAUUGGGAAAUCUGGAGCAUGGAAGGUCUGAGCUGGUGAAAAAAGUGGAACACACAGGAAUUUUGAAGGAAGACAAUGACAAUUUAGAAGGCGAAAAGGAAUUUUUCAAAUUUGAACUGCAAGAGAAAAAGGAUGCAAAUGAAAAAACGGCAAAAAUGGUAAAAAGCAAUGAGUUUGACUUGGUCAGGCUGAAUGAUGAGAGGCCACAAACUGAAGAAACAACAGCAAAAUGGGUCAAGACUGAAAGACAUGAAAUAAAACAGGCAAAAGCAGAGGGCAUUGGUGGAGACCAUGGAAGAAGAUGCACCAAAAGUGCUGACAUACAAAAACCUAUCGAGCAAAUAUACAGAACCAAGCAAACUAUACAAGUCAUAAAAUUAAAAGCUGAAAACCUGAAUGAGGAACAGAACAUCAAGAGAUAUCAUCAAAAUGGAGACGCUAUUGAAAUUCCCUCAAUGCUACAAGAGAUGAAACGAUUCGGACAGGUUUUAAAAAUGGUAAGAGAUGAAAUGAAGCAACGUGAGAUGGAUUUAAUGAGCCAAAUAAAAUGGAUGAAAACUGCAGCACGAAAACAGAAAAGACAGUUGGACCAGAGACUGGAGAAAACCUUGAGAGAAAGAGAUGAAUUGGACAUUUCAAAAGUAAAAAUCCAGAGACGAGAGGAAGCGAUUGAGCAGAAGUUGCUGGAUAUAGCAACUGUUAAAAGCAACAUUGAGAAAAUAUUUGCAAAGAGAAGAAAGAAGAGUGAAGAUUUUGAGAUGGCAAUAAAGGAGACUAAGGUAAAACUGAGACAGCUAGAAGACCUCAAGGACAAAUUUGAGACCAGAAAACAAGAUCCGACGAAAGGUGAGGCAUCUCAAAGAGACCGUAACCAGUCAAUGAGCAAAAUGAACAAAAAGGAGGACAAAAUGGAAAAGUCUCAUGACAAACUAGAAGCGGAAAUGUUGGAGGAUGAUAUCAAACCAGUAAUGGAAUGUUUGGAUUUCCAAAACAGUGAAAUUAAUCUGAAAAAACAAAGUGAGGACACUGAACAUCUAAAAUCCAGGACGAUGACUGAGAGAAAAGAAUCUGAAACCCUGAAACGGCAAAUUCAGGUUGAGAGGGAGAAUCUGAAAAGAGCAAGAUAUCAAGCUGAGGCAGAGAUAAAUAAGAUGAACUGUUUAAGAGAACAACUCAAAAGACAAAAACAGGAGGUGGAUGAGAAAACAGAAAAAACAAAAAGAGAAAUCAAAGAAAUGGAACUGCUGAAGUCUGAGCUGGAAAUGAAGAGACGAGAAAGUGAACUGACCGUUCGAAAGGCUGUGAGAAAAAAGGCAGAACUCGAAAUCAUGUGGAAUGAAAUACAAAAAGAAAAGGAGUCACUGAGAAAAGAGACAAAUAAAAGAGAGAGGCAACUGGACCAAAGGCUAGAGAGGACAAUGAGAGAAAGGGAUGAAACAGAAAUCAUGAAAAUAAAGCUGCAACGACAAAAAGAGGCACUGGAAGAGGAGAUGGAAGCCUUUGAUGGAAAGAAGAAAAGUACAAAGACUUCUGUUUUAAGAAAGGGAAAGGAGGAAUUUCAAAUAACAGCAAAAGAAGAAACUCAACAGGUGGUGCAUAAUUAUGAUGGCGCUGUUAAAUAUGUGCCACAACAACAGAGUCAAUGGAAGACAGACACUGACCGGGAGAAAGAAAUGAUAAAUCGAGAGCAAACGUCCAAAAAUAAUCAGGUGACAAACAUUGGAGACGAAGCAAAAGUGAGGAAACUUCAUGCGUUCAUUAGUAACCUUCAAAAUGGAACACGGAAGAUUCAUGUGCACUUGGAAAAAUUUAAGAUGGAAAUGGAAAACAUGGAAAAGGCAAAAGUUCUUCUCGAAGAGCAAAAAGAAAGAUUCAAGGCACUAAAAGCUGAGAACACGACUGCAAGAGAUGCAGCGCGCAGAUUAAAAUGUCUCGUAAACGACGAGACGGAAAAUUUUAACAUGCAAGCACAAGAAGAGAAAAAACAACUGGAGACAGCACUAGAGCAGGUUAAACUGGAAAGAAGUGAGCUGGAAGUGUUGAAGUCUGAGCUGGAGGUGAAGAAAAAAGAAAACCAACGCGUGGUUCGAAACGGAGAGCGACAAGCCAGAAAGAUGUGGACUGAGAUUAAAAUGGAAAAAGAUGCCCUCAAGAGGAAGAUGAAAAAGAAGCAGAAAGAGCUGGAGCAGAGACUGUGGAGGAUAAUCAGAGAGAGAGAUGAACUGGAAAUCAUCAAGCUGAAGCUUCAGAAGGAAAACAGCAAAGUCGGAACGACGGAGACGAACACGUCAGCAGCAUCUGUUGAAGUCUCAACUCCAGUUCAAAAGCUACAGGAACAAAUGAAGGCAUGCAUCAGCAAAUAUCAGCUCAUGAGAAGUCAUAUUAAUGAUAUAAACAGAGUAACCGAGAAGGAAAAACAACACUUGAUAGCCGAGGCAAGGCUUAUCGCUCAGGCGAGAGAAGAAGUCGAAAAUAAUAAAAUGGAGAUGAACAACCAAAAAGAAAAGAUUAUCUGUGUUUUGAAAAAUAUGCAACAAAUGCAAACACAUCUGCAACAAAUGGAAAUAAAAGUCAAAAACGAGCAAAAAUUAUUAGAUGAAGAGAAGGAGAGACUUGUACAAAAAUCAGAAUUAGUCGUGCAAAGAAAAGAGGUGAGGAAGGAAAAAGAUGAGGAGUGGAAAGGCAAAGUAGAUCAACACAAACUAAAGAAACAACACAGAGAAACAAAAAAAGUGAAGAGGAACAACGAAAGCGAAGUUAAAAUCAGGAAAAGUAAAAAACAAAUGCAAACUCAUGCAACGGAUGUCAUCAGCACACAACCUGGAAACUUACAGCAACAAAAAGAGGAACAGGUGGAGCAAAGGCUGGGAAUCCUGGAAGAACAAAUUUGCAAAGAGGGGAGGAAUGAAGACCUUUUGGAAGCUGAGAUGAAGCUAAAUGUUGCUGCAGAUGAUCGAAGCAACGAAAACAAAAGGCAGGAUCUUGACGCAGCAAUUCAAUCAGUGACGAAAGAGAAACUGGACUUGGAUGCAAUGAGGUCUGACAUCCUAAAAGUCCUUAAAAUACUUGAAAGAUAUAUACAAGAUAUGAAAGUGAGAAACAGCAAGUUGGAAAUAACACAACCUGAGCUACAAAAGCAGAGAGAACACUUAGUUAGUGUUUUUGAUGACAUAAAGAUUGGGAAAAUAAAAAUUAACGAUCUGAUCGUACAAGUUGAAACAGGAAGAAAUCAGCUUCAGACCAUCGUGAGCAGAGCGACUUUAAAGAAAUCAGAACGUGAUCUGGAGGAGGACAACGUGAAAGGGGAAAAACAAGAUGUAGAAGGAAAAAAAGACUGGGUCCUUCUGAGGGAGGAGCUCGAGAAGAAGAAAGAAGAACAUGAAGCUGCCAUGGACAGUGUGAGUGAACAAAGUCAGCAGCUGAAGCAAAUGGAGGCAAAAAAUGAAAGUGAGAAAGAAACGUUCUUCAGAGAAAGUGAAAAAAUAAUAUUGAUAGAGGAUCACGGUUCAGAAACUAAAUCCAUGGAAACUCGAAGAACAAAAUUUCGACAGCUGAUUGAAAGGACACAUGAAGGUAUCCAACACAAAAUAAAAACAUUAGCACAAAACAAUGAUGUGAUAAAGAUAUGCACUCUAAUAAAACAAAAUCAUGCAGAUAUCGAUAAAGUAGCUGGUAACAUUAAGGCGUUAGGGAGCGAAAAUGGUGCACUGCUCAAUCUAAUGUCAGACAGGCAGGUCCACAGACAAGAAAUGGAAGUUCAAUUCAUGCAAAGGCGAAUGCGGGAAAAACAGAAUCUUGAAAUACUCAAGGCAGGUAUAACACGAGAAAGGGAGGAUCUCAACAGAAAAAAGGAGCUGAUGAACAAAGAGAAAUUGCACAUGAAUGACAUCCAGAAACAGAUGAACACACUGCAGCAACAUCAUCAACGACUGUUGAGAUGUUUAGAAUUCACCAAAGCUGAUCUGCAGAACAAGGCGGAAAGUGCCGGCCAUCUGUUAUGUGAGUUAAACACAAGCAAAACCAGCGUUAAGGAUCUGACUGUCCAGGUGCACCUCCAUAGAGAUCAGCUUGAGAAAGCGAUCCACAUUAUGGUCAAGAAAGAAAAUGAGCAAAAGCUUAACAAUGAGAACCUCACCGGACAAACACAAGAACUGCAAAAAGGCAAGAGCAGUGUGCAAACAGAAAAACAGACAGAAAACCUGAAACAUCUGAUUGAAAGGACACAAAAAGAAAUAAAAGUAAAACUGAUUAAGUUAGAACAAAACAAUGAAAACUUGCAAAGUCUUUGCACUGCAUUGAAGAAAACGCAAGCAGAAUGUGAUCAAAAGAGAUAUACCAUACAGGAAUACGUCCAACUGCAAAAGGAUCUAAACAUUCAGGUUUGGAAACAAAAAGAAGAACUUGGGAACACCAUAAAAAUUAAGAAUUUGAAGAAAGCAACAUGUUCAGAAAUCAAACACAAACUGAACAGUUUGGAACAAAAUAAUGAAGCUGUGCAAAAAAUUAGUGGAAUAUUGCAAAAAACACAAGCACAACUUGAUGACGAGACAGAAAUAAAGAUACCUCACAACACAGAAAUGUUAAGGCAUGAAAUACAAAGUCUGAGAAAUAGUUUGUCAGAUUAUGUCACCUGUAGAAAAGAAGAGGAAAGUCAGCGAAAUAAAGAACUCUUCUUAGAAAAAGAAUAUCUUCUGGACCUCAAAGCAGAGCUGAAUGAAAUGAAAAAUGAUCUCGACAGGAAAACAGAGAACAUGACCAAAGACAAAGUGGCAUUGAAUCUUCUGAAGUCUGACAUUCAGAAACAAAUCAACACAUUAGAACACCACAAACACGAGGCAGACAAGGAAAAGGAAAUACUGGAGAUCACAAAAACUGAACUACAAAACAAGACUGAAGAUGCUCAAAGUCUGUUUGAUGAGAUACAUAUAGAGAAAAACAGUUUGAAAGACCUGGCCAUGCAAGUUCAGAAUGAAAAAGAACAACUUCAUAAUUUGAUGAGCAUCAUUUCUUUGAACAAAAAAGAACAAAUGCAGAAGGAUGAUGACCUCAACAGGCAAAGACAAGAACUGGAACACAACAGGAGCACUGUACUAGCAGAAAGAGAAGAACUGGAACAGCUGAAGAAGGAUUUCAACAAGAGGAAAGAAGAGGUUGAAGCAGCCAUGGAAAAUAUCAUUGACCAAAGAGAGCAGCUCAACCAUAUGAAGAGUCAUAUUGACAAUGACAGAGAAAUGCUUCAUAAUGAUAAAGAUAAAAUGGAAGCAGAUCUGUCUGAACUGAGAAUGAGAGAAGAUCUACUCAACAGUAACAUCCAGGGAAUAGAAACUCUCACAGCCAAACUCAAAGAAAGUAACCGAAAGAGACAUGAGGACAUUAUCAUGAAAACAUUGAGACUGAAACAAAAUCAGGAAGAUGUUCAAACAUUAUGUCUUUCAUUGGAAGAAAAGUGUGCAGAACUUGACCAAGAGAGAAACAAGAUACCUCAUUUCAUUGGCUUGUUACAAAGAGAAAUGGAAGGUCUGAUAAUUUACUCAGACAAGACAAAUCAAUGGCAACAGAAACUUCAGGCUGAGAAACAAGAUUUUGAGAAACUGAAGACUGAACUUAAGGAUGAAAAGGAGGAUCAUGACAAAGAGGGUGAGAGGAUGAUGAAAGAAAAACUGGACUUGGAGCAGAUGACUUUUGACAUCCAGAAACAAACAGACAUACUAACGCAACUAAAACAAGACACAAAGAAGGAAAUGGAGAUGCUGGAGUUCACAAAAACUGAAGUGAACAACAAAACUGAACAUGCAGACAGUCUGUUUGAGGAGAUAAAUGAAGAGAAAUCGAACUUGAAAGAUCUGGCCAUGCAAAUUCAGAAUGAAAAAGAACAACUUCAUAAUUUGAUGAGCAUCAUUUCUUUGAAAGAAAAAGAACAAAUGCAGAAGGAUGAUGAGCUCAACAGGCAAACACAAGAAGUGGAACACAACAGGAGCAUUGUACUGGCAGAAAGAGAAGAUCUGGAACAGCUGAAGACGGAUCUGAACAAGAGGAAAGAAGAGGUUGAAGCUGCCAUGGAAAAUAUCACUGAACAAAGAGAGCAGCUCAACCAUAUGAAGAGUCAUAUUGACGAUGACAGAGAAAUGCUUCAUCAGGAAAAAAAUAAAAUGGAAGCAGAUCUGUCUGAACUGAGAAUGAGAGAAGAUCUACUCAACAGUAAUGUUCAGACAAUAGAAAGUCUAAGAGCAAAACUCAAAGGAAGUAACCAAAAGAGACAUGAGAACAUUAUCAUGAAAACACGGAGACUGAAACAAAACCAGGAAGAAGUUCAAACAUUAUGUCUUUCAUUGGAAGAAAAGUGUGCAGAACUUGACCAAGAGAGAAACAAGAUACCUCAUUUAAUUGGCUUGUUACAAAGAGAAAUGGAAGGUCUGAUAAUUUACUCAGACAAGACAAAUCAAUGGCAACAAAAACUUUUGGUUGAGAAACAAGAUUUUGAGAAAAUGAAUACUGAACUUAAGGAUGAAAAGGAGGAUCAUGACAAAGAGGCUGAGAGGAUGAUGAAAGAAAAACUGGACUUGGAGCAGAUGAGAUUUGACAUCCAGAAACAAACAGACAUAUUGAAGCAACUUAAACAAGAUACAAAGAAGGAAAUGGAGAUGUUGGAGUUCACAAAAACUGAAAUCAAGAACAAAACUGAAUAUGCAGACAAUAUGUUUGAGGAGAUAAAUGAAGAGAAAUCCAACUUGAAAGACCUGGUCAUGCAAGUUCAGAAUGAAAAAGAACAACUUCAUAAUUUGAUGAGCAUCAUUUCUUUGAACGAAAAAGAACAAAUGCAGAAGGAUGAUGACCUCAACAGGCAAAGACAAGAACUGGAACACAACAGGAGCACUGUACUGGCAGAAAGAGAAGAACUGGAAAAGUUGAGGAAGGAUUUCAACAAGAGGAAAGAAGAGGUUGAAGCUGCCAUGGAAAAUAUCACUGAACAAAGAGAGCAGCUCAACCAUAUGAAGAGUCAUAUUGACAAUGACAGAGAAAUGCUUCAUCAGGAAAAAAAUAAAAUGGAAGCAGAUCUGUCUGAACUGAGAAUGAGAGAAGAUCUACUCAACAGUAACAUCCAGGGAAUAGAAACUCUCACAGCCAAACUCAAAGAAAGUAACCGAAAGAGACAUGAGGACAUUAUCAUGAAAACAUUGAGACUGAAACAAAACCAGGAAGAUGUUCAAAAAUUAUGUCUUUCAUUGGAAGAAAAGUGUGCAGAACUUGACCAAGAGAGAAACAAGAUACCUCAUUUUAUUGGCUUGUUACAAAGAGAAAUGGAAGGUCUGAUAAUUUACUCAGACAAGACAAAUCAAUGGCAACAGAAACUUCAGGCUGAGAAACAAGAUUUUGAGAAACUGAAGACUGAACUUAAGGAUGAAAAGGAGGAUCAUGACAAAGAGGGUGAGAGGAAAGAAAAAGAACAAAUGCAGAAGGAUGAUGAGCUCAACAGGCAAACACAAGAAGUGGAACACAACAGGAGCAUUGUACUGGCAGAAAGAGAAGAUCUGGAACAGCUGAAGACGGAUCUGAACAAGAGGAAAGAAGAGGUUGAAGCUGCCAUGGAAAAUAUCACUGAACAAAGAGAGCAGCUCAACCAUAUGAAGAGUCAUAUUGACGAUGACAGAGAAAUGCUUCAUCAGGAAAAAAAUAAAAUGGAAGCAGAUCUGUCUGAACUGAGAAUGAGAGAAGAUCUACUCAACAGUAAUGUUCAGACAAUAGAAAGUCUAAGAGCAAAACUCAAAGGAAGUAACCAAAAGAGACAUGAGAACAUUAUCAUGAAAACACGGAGACUGAAACAAAACCAGGAAGAAGUUCAAACAUUAUGUCUUUCAUUGGAAGAAAAGUGUGCAGAACUUGACCAAGAGAGAAACAAGAUACCUCAUUUAAUUGGCUUGUUACAAAGAGAAAUGGAAGGUCUGAUAAUUUACUCAGACAAGACAAAUCAAUGGCAACAAAAACUUUUGGUUGAGAAACAAGAUUUUGAGAAAAUGAAUACUGAACUUAAGGAUGAAAAGGAGGAUCAUGACAAAGAGGCUGAGAGGAUGAUGAAAGAAAAACUGGACUUGGAGCAGAUGAGAUUUGACAUCCAGAAACAAACAGACAUAUUGAAGCAACUUAAACAAGAUACAAAGAAGGAAAUGGAGAUGUUGGAGUUCACAAAAACUGAAAUCAAGAACAAAACUGAAUAUGCAGACAAUAUGUUUGAGGAGAUAAAUGAAGAGAAAUCCAACUUGAAAGACCUGGUCAUGCAAGUUCAGAAUGAAAAAGAACAACUUCAUAAUUUGAUGAGCAUAAUUUCUUUGAAAGAAAAAGAACAAAUGCAGAAGGAUGAUGAGCUCAACAGGCAAACACAAGAAGUGGAACACAACAGGAGCAUUGUACUGGCAGAAAGAGAAGAUCUGGAACAGCUGAAGACAGAUCUGAACAAGAGGAAAGAAGAGGUUGAAGCUGCCAUGGAAAAUAUCACUGAACAAAGAGAGCAGCUCAACCAUAUGAAGAGUCAUAUUGACAAUGACAGAGAAAUGCUUCAUCAGGAAAAAAAUAAAAUGGAAGCAGAUCUGUCUGAACUGAGAAUGAGAGAAGAUCUACUCAACAGUAAUGUUCAGACAAUAGAAAGUCUAAGAGCAAAACUCAAAGAAAGUAACCAAAAGAGACAUGAGAACAUUAUCAUGAAAACACGGAGACUGAAACAAAACCAGGAAGAAGUUCAAACAUUAUGUCUUUCAUUGGAAGAAAAGUGUGCAGAACUUGACCAAGAGAGAAACAAGAUACCUCAUUUAAUUGGCUUGUUACAAAGAGAAAUGGAAGGUCUGAUAAUUUACUCAGACAAGACAAAUCAAUGGCAACAAAAACUUUUGGUUGAGAAACAAGAUUUUGAGAAAAUGAAUACUGAACUUAAGGAUGAAAAGGAGGAUCAUGACAAAGAGGCUGAGAGGAUGAUGAAAGAAAAACUGGACUUGGAGCAGAUGAGAUUUGACAUCCAGAAACAAACAGACAUAUUGAAGCAACUUAAACAAGAUACAAAGAAGGAAAUGGAGAUGUUGGAGUUCACAAAAACUGAAAUCAAGAACAAAACUGAAUAUGCAGACAGUAUGUUUGAGGAGAUAAAUGAAGAGAAAUCCAACUUGAAAGACCUGGUCAUGCAAGUUCAGAAUGAAAAAGAACAACUUCAUAAUUUGAUGAGCAUCAUUUCUUUGAACGAAAAAGAACAAAUGCAGAAGGAUGAUGAGCUCAACAGGCAAACACAAGAAGUGGAACACAACAGGAGCACUGUACUGGCAGAAAGAGAAGAACUGGAAAAGUUGAGGAAGGAUUUCAACAAGAGGAAAGAAGAGGUUGAAGCUGCCAUGGAAAAUAUCACUGAACAAAGAGAGCAGCUCAACCAUAUGAAGAGUCAUAUUGACAAUGACAGAGAAAUGCUUCAAAAUGAUAAAGAUAAAAUGGAAGCAGAUCUGUCUGAACUGAGAAUGAGAGAAGAUCUACUCAACAGUAAUGUUCAGACAAUAGAAAGUCUAAGAGCAAAACUCAAAGAAAGUAACCAAAAGAGACAUGAGAACAUUAUCAUGAAAACACGGAGACUGGAACAAAACCAGGAAGAAGUUCAAACAUUAUGUCUUUCAUUGGAAGAAAAGUGUGCAGAACUUGACCAAGAGAGAAACAAGAUACCUCAUUUAAUUGGCUUGUUACAAAGAGAAAUGGAAGGUCUGAUAAUUUACUCAGACAAGACAAAUCAAUGGCAACAAAAACGUCUGGCUGAGAAACAAGAUUUUGAGAAAAUGAAUACUGAAGUUAAGGAUGAAAAGGAGGAUCAUGACAAAGAGGCUGAGAGGAAAGAAAAAGAACAAAUGCAGAAGGAUGAUGAGCUCAACAGGCAAACACAAGAAGUGGAACACAACAGGAGCAUUGUACUGGCAGAAAGAGAAGAUCUGGAACAGUUGAAGAAGGAUCUGAACAAGAGGAAAGAAGAGGUUGAAGCUGAAAAAAAUAAAAUGGAAGCAGAUCUGUCUGAACUGAGAAUGAGAGAAGAUCUACUCAACAGUAAUGUUCAGACAAUAGAAAGUCUAAGAGCAAAACUCAAAGAAAGUAACCAAAAGAGACAUGAGGACAUUAUCAUGAAAACACGGAGACUGGAACAAAACCAGGAAGAUGUUCAAACAUUAUGUCUUUCAUUGGAAGAAAAGUGUGCAGAACUUGACCAAGAGAGAAACAAGAUACCUCAUUUCAUUGGCUUGUUGCAAAGAGAAAUGGAAGGUCUGAUAAUUUACUCAGACAAGACAAAUAAAUGGCAACAGAAACUUCUGGUUGAGAAACAAGAUUUUGAGAAACUGAAUACUGAACUUAAGGAUGAAAAGGAGGAUCAUGACAAAGAGGCUGAGAGGAUGAUGAAAGAAAAACUGGACUUGGAGCAGAUGAGAUUUGACAUCCAGAAACAAACAGACAUAUUGAAGCAACUUAAACAAGAUACAAAGAAGGAAAUGGAGAUGUUGGAGUUCACAAAAACUGAAGUGAACAACAAAACUGAACAUGCAGACAGUAUGUUUGAGGAGAUAAAUGAAGAGAAAUCGAACUUGAAAGACCUGGCCAUGCAAAUUCAGAAUGAAAAAGAACAACUUCAUAAUUUGAUGAGCAUCAUUUCUUUGAAAGAAAAAGAACACAUACAGAUGGAUGAUGAGCUCAACAGGCAAACACAAGAAGUGGAACACAACAGGAGCAUUGUACUGGCAGAAAGAGAAGAUCUACAACAGUUGAAGAAGGAUUUCAAAAAGAAGAAAGAAGAGGUUGAAGCUGCAAUGGAAAAUAUCAUUGACCAAAGACAACAGCUCAACCAUAUGAAGAGUCAUAUUGACAAUGACAGAGAAAUGCUUCAUCAGGAAAAAAAUAAAAUGGAAGCAGAUCUGUCUGAACUGAGAAUGAGAGAAGAUCUACUCAACAGUAAUGUUCAGACAAUAGAAAGUCUAAGAGCAAAACUCAAAGAAAGUAACCAAAAGAGACAUGAGAACAUUAUCAUGAAAACACGGAGACUGAAACAAAACCAGGAAGAAGUUCAAACAUUAUGUCUUUCAUUGGAAGAAAAGUGUGCAGAACCUGACCAAGAGAGCAACAAGAUACCUCAUUUCAUUGGCUUGUUGCAAAGAGAAAUGGAAGGUCUGAUAAUUUACUCAGACAAGACAAAUCAAUGGCACCAGAAACUUCUGGCUGAGAAACAAGAUUUUGAGAAAAUGAAUACUGAACUUAAGGAUGAAAAGGAGGAUCAUGACAAAGAGGCUGAGAGGAUGAUGAAAGAAAAACUGGACUUGGAGCAGAUGAGAUUUGACAUCCAGAAACAAACAGACAUAUUGAAGCAACUUAAACAAGAUACAAAGAAGGAAAUGGAGAUGUUGGAGUUCACAAAAACUGAACUGAAGAACAAAACUGAAAAUGCAGACAGUCUGUUUGAGGAGAUAAAUGAAGAGAAAUCCAACUUGAAAGACCUGGCCAUGCAAGUUCAGAAUGAAAAAGAACAAUUUCAUAAUUUGAUGAGCAUCAUUUCUUUGAAAGAAAAAGAACAAAUGCAGAAGGAUGAUGACCUCAACAGGCAAACACAAGAAGUGGAACACAACAGGAGCAUUGUACUGGCAGAAAGAGAAGAUCUGGAACAGCUGAAGACAGAUCUGAACAAGAGGAAAGAAGAGGUUGAAGCUGCCAUGGAAAAUAUCACUGAACAAAGAGAGCAGCUCAACCAUAUGAAGAGUCAUAUUGACAAUGACAGAGAAAUGCUUCAUAAUGAUAAAGAUAAAAUGGAAGCAGAUCUGUCUGAACUGAGAAUGAGAGAAGAUCUACUCAACAGUAACAUCCAGACAAUAGAAACUCUCACAGCAAAACUCAAAGAAAGUAACCAAAAGAGACAUGAGGACAUUAUCAUGAAAACACAGAGACUGGAACAAAACCAGGAAGAUGUUCAAACAUUAUGUCUUUCAUUGGAAGAAAAGUGUGCAGAACUUGACCAAGAGAGAAACAAGAUACCUCAUUUAAUUGGCUUGUUACAAAGAGAAAUGGAAGGUCUGAUAAUUUACUCAGACAAAACAAAUCAAUGGCAACAGAAACUUCUGGUUGAGAAACAAGAUUUUGACAUACUGAAGACUGAACUUAAGGAAGAAAAGGAGGAUCAUGACAAAGAGCCUGAGAGGAUGAUGAAAGAAAAACUGGACUUGGAGCAGAUGAGGUCUGACAUCCAGAAACAAACAGACAUAUUGAAGCAACUUAAACAAGACACAAAGAAGGAAAUGGAGAUGUUGGAGUUCACAAAAACUGAAAUCAAGAACAAAACUGAAUAUGCAGACAGUAUGUUUGAGGAGAUAAAUGAAGAGAAAUCCAACUUGAAAGAUCUGGCCAUGCAAGUUCAGAAUGAAAAAGAACAACUCCAUAAUUUGAUGAGCAUAAUUUUUUUGAAAGAAAAUGAACAAAUGACGAUGGAUGAUGAGCUCAAGAGGCAAAGACAAGAACUGGAACAUAACAGGAGCAUUGUACUGGCAGAAAGAGAAGAACUGGAACAGCUGAAGAAGGAUUUCAACAAGAGGAAAGAAGAGGUUGAAGCAGCCAUGGAAAAUAUCAUUGAACAAAGAGAGAAGCUCAACCAUAUGAAGAGUCAUAUUGACAAUGACAGAGAAAUGCUUCAAAAUGAUAAAGAUAAAAUGGAAGCAGAUCUGUCUGAACUGAGAAUGAGAGAAGAUCUACUCAACAGUAACAUCCAAGGAAUAGAAACUCUCACAGCCAAACUCAAAGAAAGUAACCGAAAGAGACAUGAGAACAUUAUCUUGAAAACAUCUGGACUGAAACAAAACCAGGAAGAUGUUCAAAAAUUAUGUCUUUCAUUGGAAGAAAAGUGUGCAGAACUUGACCAAGAGAGAAACAAGAUACGUUAUUUCAUUGGCUUGUUGCAAAGAGAAAUGGAAGGUCUGAUAAUUUACUCAGACAAGACAAAUCAAUGGCAAAAGAAACUUCUGGUUGAGAAACAAGAUUUUGAGAAACUGAAUAUUGAACUUAAGGAAGAAAAGGAGGAUCAUGACAAAGAGGCUGAGAGGAAAGAAAAAGAACAAAUGCAGAAGGAUGAUGAGCUCAACAGGCAAACACAAGAAGUGGAACACAACAGGAGCACUGUACUGGCAGAAAGAGAAGAACUGGAAAAGUUGAGGAAGGAUUUCAACAAGAGGAAAGAAGAGGUUGAAGCUGAAAAAAAUAAAAUGGAAUCAGAUCUGUCUGAACUGAGAAUGAGAGAAGAUCUACUCAACAGUAACAUCCAGACAAUAGAAAGUCUAAGAGCAAAACUCAAAGAAAGUAACCAAAAGAGACAUGAGGACAUUAUCAUGAAAACACGGAGACUGGAACAAAACCAGGAAGAUGUUCAAACAUUAUGUCUUUCAUUGGAAGAAAAGUGUGCAGAACUUGACCAAGAGAGAAACAAGAUACCUCAUUUCAUUGGCUUGUUACAAAGAGAAAUGGAAGGUCUGAUAAUUUACUCAGACAAGACAAAUCAAUGGCAACAGAAACUUCUGGUUGAGAAACAAGAUUUUGAUAUACUGAAGACUGAACUUAAGGAAGAAAAGGAGGGUCAUGACAAAGAGGCUGAGAGGAUGAUGAAAGAAAAACUGGACUUGGAGCAGACGAGGUUUGACAGCAAGAAACAAACAGACAUAUUAAAACAACUUAAACAAGACACAAAAAAGGAAAUGGAGAAGUUGGAGUUCACAAAAACUGAACUGAACAACAAAACUGUACAUGCAGACAGUCUGUUUGAGGAGAUAAAUGCAGAGAAAUCCAACUUGAAAGACCUGGCCAUGCAACUUCAGAAUGAAAAAGAACAACUUCAUAAUUUGAUGAGCAUCAUUUCUUUGAACGAAAAAGAACAAAUGCAGAUGGAUGAUGAGCUCAAGAGGCAAACACAAGAAGUGGAACACAACAGGAGCAUUGUACUGGCAGAAAGAGAAGAACUGGAACAGUUGAAGAAGGAUUUCAACAAGAGAAAAGAAGAGGUUGAAGCUGAAAAAAACAAAAUGGAAGCAGAUCUGUCUGAACUGAGAAUGAGAGAAGAUCAACUCAAAAGAAACAUCCAGACAAUAGAAACUCUAACAGCAAAACUCAAAGAAAUGAAUCAAAAGAGACAUGAGGACAUUAUCACAAAAACACUGAGACUGAAACAAAACCAAGAAGAUGUUCAGAAAUUAUGUCUUUCACUCAAGCAAAAGUGUGCAGAACUUGAUCAAGACACAAACCAAAGAACAGAUUUCAUUGAAUUAAUAAGGAGUGGACAUUCUCUGCUGUUAAAUUUGUCAAGCUUGACAAAUAAAUGGCAACAUAAAUUUCUGCUUGAGAAACAAGACCUUGAGAAACUGAUGACUGACCUGAUGGAAGAAAGGGCAGAUCUUCAAAAUGUAACUGAGAGGACAAAAAAAGAGAAAAUGGACUUGGAACAGAUACAUUCUGACAUUCAGAAACAAAUAGACAUGUUAAAACAACAGCAAGAAGAAACAAAAAAGGAAAAGGAGAUGCUGGAGUUCACAAAAACUGAACUGAAGAAUAAAACUGAACAUGCACAUAGUCUGUUUAAGAUGAUAAAUGAAGAGAAAUCCAGCUUGAAAGAUCUGGCCAAGCAAGUUCAGAAUGAAAAAGGACAUCUUCAGAAAUUGAUGGGCAUCAUUUCUUUGAAAGAACAUGAACAAAUGCAGAAGGAUGAUGAACUCAACAGGCAAAUACAAGAAGUGGAACAAAACAGGAGCAUUGUACUGGCAGAAAGAGAACAUCUGGAACAUUUGAAGAAGGAUCUCAACAAGAAGAAAGCAGAGGUUGAAGCUGCAAUAGAAAAUAUCAUUGAACAAAGAGAGCAGCUCAACCAUAUGAAGAGUCGUAUUGACAAUGACAGACAAAUGCUUAAAAAUGAAAAAGAUAAAAUGGAAGCAGAUCUGUCUGAAGUGAAAAUGAGAGAAGAUCUACUCAACAGUAACAUCCAGACAAUAGAAACUCUUACAAGAAAACUCAAAGAAAUGAAUCUGAAGAGACAUGAGGACUUUAAACUGAAACUUGAAAGACUGGAACAAAAAAAUGAAUAUGUUCAAAAAUUAUGUCAUUCAUUGGAGCCAAGGACUACCCAUCUUCAUCAACAGAGAAACAAAAUAUUUAAUUUAACUUACAUGAUACAGAAAGAAAAGAAAGGUCUCGCUGAUGUGACACAUCAAUGGCAGCGGAACAGUCUGUUGGAAAAACAUGAUUUUGAAAAACUCAAGACUAAUCUGAAGGAAGAACAGGAGGAGCUCUCCAAAAUUGCUGAGCAAAUGAACAAGGAGAAAAUGGACCUGAUGCUUAAGAAGGCUGGCAUCCGAAACAUAUGGAAUCAACUGGAACGAGCUGAACACGAUUUAGCAAAGGGAAAACACAUACUGGAAACAGCAAUGACUAAGAUGCAAAACAUGAGAAUACACACUGAUACCCUUCUUGAUGUAACAAAAACAGAGAGAAAGAAUAUUCAAAGCUUGUCUUUUCAGAUUCAGAGAGAGAAGCAUCAACUUGAGAAUGCGUUGAAAGGUACUGCCUUGAAACAAAUACAACAAUUAAAAUACAGUAACAGGCAAACUGAAGAAGUAAAGAAAAUUACAAGCACUGUAUUGGCAGUACAAACUGAACUUCAACUUUUCAAAAAGGACAUGAACAUGAAGACAGAAGAGGUUGGAGCAACCAUGAAGAGUCUGAGUAUCAACAAAGAACAAACCAGCCAAAUGAAGAUUGAUAUCAGCAAAGACAGAGAAAUGCUUCUGAACAGAAAACACAAUAUCAGAAGAAAAAUUACUGAGUUUAUAAUCAGAGAGAAUCAACUGCUGUGUGAAACAGAGAAUAUGACAACGCUGAGAGAAAGGUUUACUGCCUUGAUCGAAAGGACGGGUUCAGACAUCAAAAACAAAAUGUGCAAACUGGAAGUAAACAAUGAAGAUUUCCAAAAGCUGUGCAUUUUAUUCCAACAAAAACAAAGAGAACUUGAUCAAGUGAUAGACACCAGCCCCAGUUAUAUUGAGAUGUUCCAACAACAAAUGCAAGUUCUGAAGAGUGUGGCAUCAGAUAUGGUCCUGCACAGAGAAGACAUGAAAAAUCACAUGAAGUUAGAAAUAGAGACCCUACAAAAGCUGAAAGGAGAUUUGAAACAACAGAGGGGUGAUCUUGAUCGCACGAUUGCAAUGACAGCUCAAGAGAAACUCAACUUACAGCUGAUAAGUUCUGGCAUCCAACAUCUAACUGACAAAUUAGAACAACUGAGGCAAGAGAUAAACAGAGAAAAGGAGAGGUUGGAGUUCACCAUAGUUGAGCUGCAGAAUAAAACAGAUUACGCAGAUAGUCUGUUUGAUGAGAUCAAAAUGCAGAAAUACAAUAUUGCAGUUUUGGCUAUGCAGGUUGACAACAAAAGAGAAGAACUUAAUCAUGGGAUAAACUUAAUGAUGUUGAAAGAAAAAGAACAACAGAUCAAGGAUGAAGAAAUUAGAAAUCAAAUGCAAGAACUGCAAAACAACAGGAGCAUUAUCUUCACAGAAAAAGAAGAUCUGGAACUUCUGAGUAAAGAUCUCAAAAGCAAGAAAGAAGAGGUUGAAACUGCCAUGGAUGGUGUAAGUGUUCAAAGAAAGGAGCUCAAUCAGAUAAUGAUUAGUAUUCAGAAUGACAGACAAAUACUUCAAAAUGAAAAAUAUCAAAUGGAAGCAUGCCUAUAUGAUCUGAAAUCGAAAAAGGAUCAACUCAUAGCUGACAUCAUGUCCGUAAAAAUUUCCACAAUGAAACUUCAGCAGGUUCCCAAAAGGGUAUAUGAGACCAUCAGACUGAAAACCGAGAGACUGGAAAGAAACAGUGAACACGUGCAAAAAGUAUGCCUCGCCCUGCAGCAAAAUCUUGCAGGUUUUGAUCAAGAGAGAAACAAGAUAUCUCAUUUAACUGAUGUUGUACAAAGAGAAAAGAGUAAUCUCAUCUGUAUAAUGUCAGGAAUUGCAGUGCAGAAAGAAGGCAUGGAAAGUAACCUUCAGCAAAACCUUCUGUCUGAACAGCACAGUCUCAGAAAGCUCAAGGACGAGCUAAAGAAUGAGAGGGAAGAGCUCAACAGAUGGACUGAGAUGAUGACCAAUGAGAAGUUAAGCUUGGAUCUGAUGAGGUCUGACAUCCAGAAGCAAAGUGAAAUUGUUGACCAUGAUGAAAAGUAUAUAAGAGAAGAAAAAUACAGGCUGGCAACUGCAAAGACUGAAAUACAAAAUAAGAUGGAACAUGCAAAUACUCUGUUUGAUCAAGUAAACAGAGAGAAAAACAAAAUUACAGAUCUGACAAUUCAGCUUCAGGCAAAAAGAGACCACCUUCAAAGGGUUAUGGAUGUUAUUGUCUUUAAAGAAUUACAACAAGAAAGUACGGAGGACAAGUUGAAAAAACAAACGCAAGAGCUACACACCUGUUCUGAUAUUAUACAUGCACAAAGGGAAGAAGUGGAGUUGUUGAGGAAUGAUUUCAACAAACACAAAGGGGAGUUUGAAAAUGCCAGGGACAGUAUGAGAAAUGACAAGGAACAACUCAGUCAGAUGAAGGUGAAUACUGAAAUGGACAGACAAAUGCUUGAGCAUGAAAAAUACAAUAUCCAGGGACAAUUGUCUGAGCUGAGAAUGAGAGAAGACAAACUCAUGAGUAAAACAGUGCACAUGGAGAAUCUAAGAGUAAAACUAAAACAGAUGAAUGCAACGAUAUGCAAAGAUAUCAAAAUAAAAAUGGACAUAUUGCAGCAAAACCAGAAGAAUGUGCAAAAUAGCUGCAGUGCAUUGGAAGGAUAUCUUGGAGACCUUAAUCAAAAGACAGAAAAGGUACCCUUUUUCACUGAACGCAUAAAGCAAGAAAAGGAUGGUCUGAGAGGUAUACUGUCGGAGAUGAGCAUACAGAAAACAAGAAUGGAGAACCAGUGGCAGCAGAAACCUCUGUUGGAAAAACAAGACAUUGACAAAAUCAAGGCAGAGCUGGAGCAAGAGAGGAAAGAUCUUGAUAGAGCAAAUGAGAUGAUUAAUAAAGAGAAACUCAACUUAGGGCUGAUAAGGUCUGACAUCCAGAAGCAAAGUCAAAUAAUAGAACAAUAUAAAAAAGAUAUUAAAAAAGAGAAAGACUUGCUGGGAAUUGCAAAGAAGGAGAUAGACAAUAAAAAAGACAAUCUAAGUCAUCUGUUUGAGGAGAUACACAGAGAAAAAGCCAGCAUGAAACAUCUGGCUGAUUGUUUGUUUGAUGAGAUAAAGAGUGACAAAUCCAAAAUGAAAGAUCUCGCCUUUCAGGUUCAGAAAGAAAAGGAACAGCUUCAAAACAUCGUCAGCACUUUUGUCUUAAAGCAAAAACAAAAAGAAUGGACAGAAACUAAAAUAAUAAAACAAGCACAAAACCUGCGAAGCAACAUGAGCGUUCUUCUCGCACAGAGAGAAGAACUGAACAUGUUGAAGAAAGAUCUGAAAAUAACCAAUCAAGAGAUUAAAGCUGCAGUGGACAUUAUUGGUGGGGAGAGAGAACAGCUCCAAUCGGUGAAGAAUAGGAUGGAUGAAAGCAGAAAAAUUCUUGAGGACAAAAAGAAAACAAUGAAUGAACAACCUGACCUCAGAGUAACAGAUGAUCAAUUGAUGAUUGGAAGUGAACAAACACAACAGCUGAGAGGGUAUCUUAAAGAGGCUGUUCAAAGGACAUGUGACACCAUCCAAAGGAAAAUGGGUCAAAUAGAAGAGAACAAUCAACAAGUGAAAAAAGUGUAUGAUGUACUGGAGCAAAACCAAGUGGAACUUAUUGAAAAGAAAGCAAACGUGAGUUGUUACAAUGAGCUGUUAGAGUGUGAAAAGGAACGCUUAAUGAGUUUAAUGUCAGAAGAAAUGCAAAAUCAGUCCAUGACAAAGUCAGCGUUGGAAAAACAAGAUCUUGAAGAAUUGAAGGCAAAGACGCUGCAGCAGAGCAAGUAUCUUAACCGAGUGAGAGAAAUAUUCACCAAAGAGAAAAUACACUUUGACUCUUUACAUUCCAGCAUCCAGAAACAAACAGAGAUGUUAGAGUGGGUUAAGGAACAAGUCAGCGAAGAAAAAGAAAAAUGGUACACUGCAAAAACUGAGCUUCAAACUCAGAAAGAAAGCACCAAUAGGCUGCUUGUUGAGAUACAGCGAGAGAAAAAACUACUUCAUGACCUAAAGGCAAAUAUCGAGACUGGGAGAAGAGUGCUUUUGAACAACCAAAAGGGGAUGGAAGAAGAACUGGUUGAGCUGAAAAUGAAAUAUCUUCAUCUCCAGCGGGCACUGAAAUCCAUGAGGACAAAACUCACACAGCUGAAUCAGAAGACACGUGAAGACAUGAGAACAAAUCUGGAAGGAUUAGACCAGAAAAACAGGCACAUACACCAUCUGAACACAAUAUUGCAAGAGACAUGUGAUGAAUUUAAGAAACAAAUAUUUGAAAUCAAAAGUUAUCAUGAUCUGAUACAAAGAGAGAAGCAUGUAGUGACAAUGACGUCUGACAAGGAGGUACAAACCAAAGGAUGGGAGCAAGAGCAUGAGGUGGAUGCUCUGCAGAAAGUUACUUCAGAUGUUACAAUACAGACUGAAGAAGUUGAAAGUCAAUUCACAUCAGUAGUAGACCAACAUGAUCUUGGCAGAAACAUAAAUCAAAACACAAAAACUAUGAGGGAAGGUCUGCCAACUGUAGUGAAGGAUAAAGAAGUAGAAAAUGACUGGAAAGAGUUUAUGCCGUCCACUUCAGUGGAAGAUCAGGUUGAUUCUACAGAUGGGAAAAUUUCAAAAAGGCACUAUUUGAGAAAAAUGUGGAAGGACACGAAAUUGGAACGGCAGGAGAUUGACCACAUGAAGCGCAGAGGACAUCAGAUAAGAAACAACUUGCAGAAUAAACUCAAGGUGAUCAAUCAGUUUGUUAAGACAAGUUGGUUAAAUAAAGAAAAGGAAAAACUGGAGCACAAAAAGUUGGAACAAGGACUAUCUAAGGACAAGAAUCCAUCAUCUACAAGUGAAAGGGAAACAGAAUAUAAUAUACAAGAUGAUAAAUAUGCAGAGUUUGAACAACUCAGAGUUGAAGUGCUCAGUGAGAUUGACAAACUCACUGUCAAAGAAAAAGGGUCAAAGACAGUGCAAACGUGUGACAAAGCCAAUCAGACAUUCCAGACGGACGCACGUACUGGAGAUGCAAUAGUGCAGGUAACAGAAGAAAAGGCUUCAACUGAACUAUAUCAAGAGCAGAUGAAUGUAGAAGGUGUAGCAAAGAGAUCGAGUGGACUGCUCGGCCACUUUUUGCACUAUUGUAAUCGCUGUUGCUCCCCCUGCUGUGCUUGUUGUAGGCAAACAUGCCAAGAGCAGUAACAGGACAGUUUUUUUUUUUUUUUUUUUACUGCCAUCAUCAGCAUUAAUAGUUUUGGUGUAUGUGUGAUGAAAAUGCUGAAAUGUAAAGUAUUACAAUGUUUAUGUUUUUUUUACAAUUAUGUGUGAUGCCAUCUACCUAUUUAGAUUUGUGUGUGUGUGUGUCUGUGUUCCAGCUGAUUGCAGUGUUUAAAGAGUUUGGAAGACAGAUUUUUCUUUAUUUGUACUGUUUUUCACAUUCUAAAAGUAGUUAAACUACAAGACGUUUUGGACUAACAGCACAGUGGUAAAACGAUUAAACUUGGAUAAUUGGAAUCAUCGGCCUGCAACAUACAUACAUUUGUAUUACAUAUAUAUUCCUUAAAAUUUUAAUAUUAUUAGACACUUUGACACAUUUACUAGUUGAGCAAGUAACAAAAUAAUUUCUAAUGAAAACAAACAAACAAACAAAACAAAAUCAGAUCAUGUAGUCAUUUAUUUAUAGACCUGAGUCCAAAAUGUCAAGUAUGUUAAUCUGGAAAAAGUGCCUUAUUUUUUUUUUUUUCUGGAUCAGCAUUCAGCACCAUAAAUUAGUAAUUAAAAACAUCCUUUAUUAUCUUGUUCAGCAUGCUGCUUAAUACAAUCUUUGAAGCAUUUUUUGGAGUGUUCACAUAUACAGGUUAUGCUGAAAUCAGUGAACAAUUUAGCAACAAAUACUAUGUUCUUUUUAAAGAGGUUUUGGCCUGAUACACCAGCAACAUUUUAAAUAAACCUGGUGCCACCUGGUAAAGUUCAGUCAUAUAGAACAUCUUAGUUUUUUUUUUGUUGUUGUUGCUGUUGUUUUUGAGAUUUAAAUACGCAAUUGUAUAACAUUGUGAAUCAGCCCUUCUUCAUAAAAUAAAAAUCUAUACAUAUUC